AUGGGCGAUGAUUGUUAUAUUCAGCUGAAAAAUUCACAAUGUCAAGAAGUUUACUCGAUGAUUCCUAUUAGGGGGUUCGUAUACAAUGAUACUGGUAAGAUGGGUGUGGAAGAUAGCGCUUUGGAGCAUAAGAGAAGUAAUCAAGCAGUAUCAGUCUUGACUGCUGGUAUACGAGCUAUAGCCUACCAAAUACAGAGCUUGUAUCUAAGAUCACCCGUAAAGCUAUUUCGCCCAUCAAGAUUCGACUACUUGGCCUACGUGCGGGCACUUGCGAAUCAACACAACAACAUCAACGAGAAACCCUAUAAAUUUCGAACACACUCUUCGAUUGGUAUGCUCAUUAGCGUUAUCCGAAAAGAAGGAUGGAAAUUUAUACCAGAUCAAGUAAUGCCACCACUUAUUGCCAACUCAGCCACGGGGAUUAUCUUAUACGCGACGUAUUUGAAUACAUUGGAUCGCUUAACUUCAAAAAGGGAAACAGUUCACAAUGCUGAAUUUCACUGGUACUCACCGAUUGAUACAUGGCGUGCCGGAUUUGUUGCCGGUGUCGUGCAGUCUCUUGCUGCAGCUCCUGUGGACGCAAUCUACACAAGACUGUCGGUGUCCGAAAUGAUCGAAGGUUCGCAUCAAAAUUUGUGGCAGUUUGGGAUCAACAAGUUGAAAGAGAUUGGACUAGUAGGAGUGUUUGCAGGGUACAGCUUUUCUUUGAUUAAGGAAAGUUUCGGGUUUGCAUUUUACUUUUCAACUUUCGAAACCAUUAAAACGCAAGGAUACACAAUCACUUUUAAGGUUUUUGAAUUUCUUCGCAAUCAAGAGGAAACGAUCAAGAGAAAGCUACAGUCAAUUUUCAAUUGGGAUGAGAUCAAGGUUGACGAAAAAAUGCAGCGAUUAGAGAGGUACAAACUGGAACGACUUCUAAAGACAUCAUUCAUAUUGAUUGCGGGCGCAUCUGCCGCUUUUGCUUUACUCGCAAUCCAGUAUCCCGUGACUAAAGUUCAAAAGAUCCACUUGUCAAGAUUGGAAGCGUUGGAUAUAUUCAAUGCAUCAACUCGAAAAGAAAAGCCGUUUAUUAAAUUGUACUACAAUUCAUAUGUCGACACAUUCAAUCAAGUAUUGAGAAUGAAGCAGAAAGCCAAAGUCACUUGGUUCAAAGCUGCAUAUAGUGGAUUCUUCAGAAAUGCAGUGACAACGAUUCCUGCUACUUCGGUGGCUUUGCUUGUUUUUGAAAUCACAAGAACAAGACUAGCCAUUAACAUAGAUGAGUCCGAGAUACUAGCUCCAUGA